CAUAAAAAUGCCACAAGGAAAUAGCUUCAGAACAACAUUAAGAAACCGGUAUGGGCCUAUCGUGUGUCAAAAUUUUAGGAAAUUGGAAACCUUCUACGAGAAACUGGCACAUUGUCAAAAUUCAAUAAAAUUUUUAAGAAGAUGUAGAAAUAACAACAUAAUACCAAAGGGCUUGAGGUUACGGCCAGCAUACUCAAGCAGAAGACUCCAAAAUAUUCUACAUAGAGCCAGUUUGUCGAUGAUCCGGGAAAGGUUGCAAUUUCACAGGUCAAAUUUAUUUUUUAUCGAACAAGACAUCGUAAGUAUUGAAGAUUUACUUUUCGGAAUGAUAUCAAAUUCUGAUUUUGAUCGAAUUAUUUUUAGUUUACAUAUAAUUUAUGAAAAUUCAUAUCAGAAACAAAGAAAUAUACAUUUAAAUAAAUUUAAUAAUCUUUUAGAACAAAAUAGUUUACAUACUUUUGAUAACCUAAAUAGAAAUAAUGACAUAUUAACGACAGUUGUCAAUCUAUCAAAUAGACAUUUAAAUGCAACGGAAAAUUUGGUAUUGUCAAAAGGUUUAAACUAUGCUGUUACUCAUCCAUCUAUUCCAAAAUUAGACAUAAUCAGCUCAGUGGAGAAAAUAUCCCAGUGUCUACCAACUCAUGAAAAAGAACAAUAUAGGGUACUAUGUAAACUUGAAUUGGAAAAGUCUAAUCAAAUUGAACAGAACAUCAGCAAAGAGGAAAUGAAGGCUUUAAAAACUUUAAGAAAUGAUGACUCCAUAACAAUCCUACCAGCGGAUAAAGGCAAUGCAACUGUAAUAAUGAAUAAAAUACAAUAUGAGGAUAAAAUUACAGAUCUAAUUACAAAUGGACCUUAUAGCAAAUUAACGAAGGAUCCAACGAAGACACUGGAAAACAAAAUAUAUAGAGCUUUAUUCAAAUUUAAAAAUGAUCUAACAUACUAUCAAAGAAAAUUAAUGACACCUCACUACAGUAAGACACCACAUUUUUAUGGAGUGCCGAAAAUUCAUAAAGCGAACAUACCACUUAGACCCAUUUGUAGUACCAUCAAUUCUCCUUGUAGUGAACUAUCAAAAUUCUUAUUAAACAUUCUAAAACCAUUUGCUAAUAAUGAUGACACUUUUAUAAAAAAUACAAAACAUUUUUUAAACAAAUUAUCAACUAUUGAAUUUAAUCAAAAUAAUAUUUUAGUAAGUUUUGACAUAAACAGUUUAUUUACAAAUGUACCAUUAGAUAAAACUUUAAACAUAAUCAAAACGAAAUUAGAGAAUGAUAAUACAUUGGCAACUAGGACAAGACUAAAUGUAUCAGCUAUAAUGGAGUUAUUGACAUUAUGUACCCAUAAUACCUAUUUUCAACUAAACAAUGAAUUCUAUAAACAAAAUUUUGGUCUAGCAAUGGGCUCUUCUUUAUCUCCAUUAUUGGCUAAUAUAUUUAUGGAGGAUUUCGAAAAUAAUAUUAUUUCUAAACAAAAUUUAAAACCCACAGUAUGGUGGAGAUAUGUAGAUGAUGUGUUUUCAAUAUGGCCUCAUGGAUCAGAAUUGUUGGAUACAUUCCUGAAUAUUAUAAACGAUCAAGAAGAGACAAUAAAAUUUACAAUGGAAAAGGAAUACAAUAACAGCCUACCUUUCCUCGAUGUUUUGAUCUCAAAGAAGGAUAUUGGAUAUGAGACUCAAGUGUAUAGAAAACCAACACACACCAACAGAUAUCUCAAUUACAAGUCAAAUCACAACAUCAACGUUAAAAAGGGAAUCAUUAAAUCCUUAUAUGAUAGAGCCAAAAUUACUUGUUCUAACGAAAAUUCCUUUUUAGCAGAAAAACAAUUGUUAACAUCUGUUUUAUUAAAAAAUGAUUAUCCUUUAUCGUUUAUAAAUAAGGAAUUGUCAAGAUUGGAUCGAAUGGAACAGAACAACUUAGAACGGGAUCCUACAACAUUCACCAGAAAUAAUACGAGGAAAAUAUCAAUACCAUAUAUAAAAGGACUAUCCGAGAAACUUAAAACAAUAGGAAAUAAAUUCAACAUUUCAACAACAUUCAAAACAACAAACACAUUGAGAUCUAUUCUAUCUAAAACUAAACCUAACAAUGAUCAAGAAAGAACAAAAAAUUGCAUUUAUAAAAUACCUUGUGAAUGCGAACAAUUUUAUUUAGGUGAGACAUCAAGACCAUUAGACGUUAGAAUAAGUGAACAUCAAUCUUAUAUUAAAAAUAGAGAAUUUGAGAGAUCUCAAAUAUGUCAACACGCAUGGGAUAAUGAACAUAGAGUUCAGUGGAGAGAUUCAAGUAUAGUCCUGAAAGAAUCAGAUAGUAAAAAGAGAAAAAUCAAAGAAGCGGCUCUAAUUAUGCUAAAUGAAACCAAUUGUGUCGCAAAUUCCUCGGUAGAAUGCAGUAGGAUGUGGUUACCCAUACUGAAAGAGGAAGUCAAUAGAAAGAAAAUACCAAGAUUAUUUUUGGGAAUAAAAAUCACUUUUCUCCCUUCGGGAGCCUCAAGCAUCCUCCGUCGCCGACGAUACAACCAAGAGGACCAUAUAAUGACCAUCUAUACUGCAACGACCAACCAACAUCCAUAGGCCGGGUGGAAUGCAACAUUUAGAAUCUCAGAGCGACUUUCAGAAACAGCAGUACCAUUCGACAUCAAGGAGUUACAAUCGAACCAAUACCAAAAGCCAUAAGUAUAAUCCAAGAAUUGUUAGUUUUUGGCAAGAAUCUGAAUAUAUAUUAUGUUAUUGAAUGUAAAUUAUAUUUUAUUAUAUUUAUAUCUUUAUUGAGGAAUAAACAUGAUUAGUUAAAUA